AUGGAGCUUCCUCAGCUGGCGUCCUUCCUCGGCGUGGUGCUCGCCACGGUGCUCUUCCUCAAGGCUGUCCUCCGCCGCCGCCGCCGCCAGUACAACCUCCCGCCGGGCCCCAAGCCUUGGCCGAUCAUCGGCAACCUCAACCUCAUCGGCACGCUCCCGCACCGCUCCAUCCACGCUCUCUCCAAGAAGUACGGCCCCCUCAUGCAACUGCAGUUCGGCUCCUUCCCCGUCGUCGUCGGCUCCUCCGUCGAGAUGGCCAAGUUCUUCCUCAAGACCCACGACGUGGUGUUCACCGAUCGCCCCAAGACCGCCGCCGGCAGGUACACCACCUACAACUACAGCGACAUCACCUGGUCCCCCUACGGCGCCUACUGGCGCCAGGCCCGCAAGAUGUGCCUCACCGAGCUCUUCAGCGCCAAGCGGCUCGAGUCGUACGAGUACAUCCGCAGGGAGGAGGUUCUCGCCCUGCUCGGCGACCUGUAUCGCGGCGGCGCCGGCGCCGGCCGCGUGGUGGUGCUCAAGGACUACCUGUCCACGGUGAGCCUGAACGUGAUCACGCGCAUGGUGAUGGGCAAGAAGUACCUGGAGAAGGAGGUGAAGGACGAGGCAGGGGCGGUGAUCACGACGCCCGAGGAGUUCAAGUGGAUGAUCGACGAGCUGUUCCUGCUCAACGGCGUGCUCAACAUCGGCGACUCCAUCCCGUGGCUGGACUGGAUGGACCUGCAGGGGUACAUCAAGAGGAUGAAGAAGCUGAGCAAGAUGUUCGACCGGUUCCUGGAGCACGUGGUGGAUGAGCACAGCAAGCGCCGUCGCCGCGAGGGGGAGAGCUUCGUGGUGAAGGACAUGGUGGACGUGCUGCUGCAGUUCGCCGGCGAUCCCGGUCUUGAGGUCAAGCUCAACAGAGAGGGCGUCAAGGCUUUCACUCAGGUGAGUACUAUUGCUUUCCUUCCCUGCAGCACAGAGAGCUCGGCGGUGACAGUGGAAUGGGCCCUCUCAGAGCUCCUGAAAAAGCCAGAGGUGCUCGCCAAAGCCACGGAGGAGCUGGACCGUGUGGUGGGGAGAGGCCGAUGGGUCACCGAAAAGGACAUGCCGAGCCUUCCAUAUGUGGAUGCCAUCGUCAAAGAGACCAUGCGGUUGCACCCGGUGGCACCGAUGCUUGUACCCCGCCUUUCCCGUGAGGACACGUCCAUCAACGGCUACGACAUCCCCGCCGGCACACGGGUGCUAGUCAUGGUGUGGUCUAUUGGCCGUGACCCGAAGUUGUGGGAGGCGCCGGAGGAGUUCAUGCCAGAGCGUUUCCUCGACAGCAGACUCGACGUCAAGGGGCAGGACUAUGAGCUGCUUCCAUUCGGGUCAGGACGCAGGAUGUGCCCCGGGUAUAGUUUGGGACUAAAGGUGAUCCAGGUAAGCCUGGCAAACCUGCUGCAUGGGUUCACAUGGAGACUCCCUGACGGUGUAGAGCUGAGCAUGGAGGAGAUCUUCGGCUUGUCCACACCACGUAAGUUCCCGCUGGAGGCCGUUGUGGAGCCCAAGCUACCAGCUCACCUCUAUGCCGAGGCUUGA